GAGUCUCCUGUUAAUCAGGCCCUCAGCCUGGCUCUUGACCUGAUGAUCACUGUCCUGGCUCUUAAAGGGAUCAGCUGAGGAGGACCUUCAUGUGGGAGGCCCAGAGGACUGUUGAUUAAGGAUGAUGGGGGAACAGACCAGAGAGGGUGCAGGGAUCACAAUGCCUGGCGGAGAUCAGGAACCAGGGAGCUACUACGUGGGUGUGGACGUUGGAACAGGGAGUGUGCGUGCGGCUCUGGUGGACCAGAGGGGCAUCAUUUUGGCUUUUGCAGACCAGCCGAUUAACCGAUGGGAGCCUCAGUUCAACCACCAUGAGCAGUCCUCCGAGGACAUCUGGGCCGCAUGCUGUGUUGUCACAAAGCAAGUUGUACAAGGGAUUGAUGUAAACCAAAUCCGAGGGCUUGGGUUUGAUGCCACGUGUUCUCUGGUGGUUUUGGAUAAGCAGUUUCGUCCUUUACCAGUAAACCAUGAAGGGCAGUCCCACCGGAACAUCAUCAUGUGGCUGGACCACCGGGCAGUCAGUCAGGUCCACAGGAUCAACGAAACCAAGCACCAUGUCCUGCAGUGUGUCGGCGGCGUAAUGUCCGUGGAGAUGCAGGCCCCGAAGCUUCUGUGGCUAAAAGAGAACUUGAGAGAGACUUGCUGGGAUAAGGCGGGACAUUUCUUUGAUCUCCCAGACUUCUUAUCAUGGAAGGCAACAGGUGUCACAGCACGUUCUCUCUGCUCCCUGGUGUGCAAAUGGACGUACUCUGCAGAGAAAGGCUGGGAUGACAGUUUCUGGAAGAUGGUUGGCUUGGAAGAUUUUGUUGCAGAUAAUUACAGCAAAAUAGGAAACCAAGUGCUGCCUCCUGGAGCUUCUCUUGGAAAUGGGCUCACACCAGAGGCAGCAAAGGACCUUGGCCUUCCUGCUGGAAUUGCGGUGGCAGCUUCACUUAUUGAUGCCCACGCGGGAGGCCUAGGAGUGAUUGGAGCAGAUGUGAGAGGGUACGGCCUCGCCUGUGAGGGACAGCCAGUGACGUCACGGCUGGCUGUCAUCUGUGGAACGUCUUCUUGUCACAUGGGGAUCAGCAAAGACCCAAUUUUUGUACCAGGUGUCUGGGGCCCUUAUUUCUCAGCCAUGGUCCCUGGGUUCUGGCUGAAUGAAGGUGGUCAGAGCGUUACUGGAAAAUUGAUAGACCACAUGGUGCAGGGCCAUGCUGCCUUCCCUGAACUACAAGCCAAGGCCACAGCCAGAUGCCAGAGUGUAUAUGCAUAUUUGAACAGUCACCUGGAUCUGAUUAAGAAGGCUCGGCCUGUGGGUUUUCUCACUGUUGAUUUACAUGUUUGGCCAGAUUUCCAUGGCAACCGGUCUCCCUUAGCAGAUCUGACACUGAAGGGCAUGGUCACCGGGUUGAAACUGUCUCAGGACCUCGAUGAUCUUGCCAUUCUCUACCUGGCCACAGUUCAAGCCAUUGCUUUUGGCACCCGCCUCAUUGUAGAGGCCAUGGAGGCAGCGGGCCACUCUCUCAGCACGCUUUUCCUGUGCGGAGGCCUGAGCAAGAAUCACCUUUUUGUGCAGAUGCAUGCGGACAUCACAGGCAUGCCUGUGGUCCUGUCGCAAGAGGUGGAGUCUGUUCUUGUGGGCGCUGCCAUUCUGGGUGCCUGUGCCUCGGGGGAUUUCGCUUCUGUGCAGCUUUCCUUGUCACGUUCCAGACAGACUCCUGUGUCUUGCAGACCAAUACGUGUGAGUGGCCUGUUGAGAGCCGUGAUUACUCACCCUUUCUGUGAUGUGCGCCCACAAGAGAAACCGUCCACGCUGACCACAGUGGUCUGCCCUCGAGGUCAGGCCUUGCAAACAUCCUCAUCGCUUCGCCGAAGACUCUCCUUCUGUUCUUUUUUUAAAAAGUUUACUUCCUUCAGAGCCAGUUAUAUUCAUCACCUAUUCUGUGCUUCAAAGCCUGUGAUGUCAUAGAAGACACAUUAGGUCUCCAUUCUGUUUUAUUCUGUGGGAGUCCGUGUUCUGUAAGUUUGUGAUCCAUUUGGCUUUCUGUCACCAGCUUCUUGCCCGUUUUACAUUAUGCAAAGUAAAGCUGAUGAUCGAGAUUUUAGUUGCCGGGGGUUUGGAGAGACUGACAGAUCAUGGAUGUUCAGAAAUUGGAAACCGUCCCUUUUCUUGGCACAGUCAAUCUUGAUUUGCUUUUUUUUUUUUUCUUUUCCCUUUCCCUGGGCUCCAAGUCAUUAGUCAUGUUCAUUGGGAAAAACUAAGAAAAUUCAGUGAAGCUGAAAGAAAAAUACAGAAACACUGAUCUUACUAUCCUAAAAUCGCCAGUGUGGAAGAUUCUGGUUUCUGUACUUUCAGUAUUUUUAUACAUACUUGAAACUUUACACUUUUUUAAAUUCCAAAAAUAUGUUCUAUACAAUGCAUCGUGUUCUGUAGUUUUUCCCCCCGCCCAAAAAUAUGUAGUAAACAUUUUAAUUUGUCAUUUUUAUGGGUCGCAUAAUUUUAUAUCCCAUGGAAUAAAUCGGUGCUUAUUUCACCAAUCCCCUUGUUUUGAAUAUUUACGUUGUCUCUAUUGUUUCAAAGAAUGCUGCAGCUGACAUCUCUGUAGCUGAAGUUUUGCAGAUACCCUAAAUUGUUUCCAUAAAAUAAAUUAGGGAGACAUAAUUGGCCAAAAAGUUUCCCAACUUUUAGAAUUCGGAUAUAUAACCCCUUAUCCUCCCACCAGCAGUGGAUGAAAAUCCAGGACUCCCCUUUCUCAUGUACGAGGAGUCUGUUGCUGUGAGUUUUAGUUCCAUUUAGCAUUCAUCCUCAGGCCCUUUAGAAUCCUGUUCAUUUCACAUAUGGUCCUGAUAUUAUCAACUUUCUUUAGUAGCCUUUUGCCCUUUGCUGCUUAAGCAUGUGUUUCUGGAGAUAUGAGAUUCUGGUUUCUAAUUAAAUAGAUUCAGAUUUCUGAUUGAAUUUUCUGAGUGUCCUGUCCCAUAUGUCAAUGCCUCAUAGAAAGUCAACAGAAAAUCCUGGAAUGAGAAUUAGUCGUUUAAAGAAGGAUUAAAUUAAGAAUGUGAUGCUGGCCCUAACAUUCAUUAUACUUACUGCCACACCUGGUUAACAGUACAUUCUUAUCUCUUCAAGAAUCGCUCCCUCUCCAAAAAAAAAAAAAAAAAAAGGAAAAAGGCAACACACUCAGGUUCUGAUUAAUUGUAAAUCUCCUGUUCCAAUCUACUUUGCAGAAUGGAAUCAUGGAUAUAAAAGUCAAAACAUUAACUCAAAAUUAGAAUUUUAUUUUUAGGCAAUUAUUUCUAUAGAUGAUAUAUAACAUUUGACGCUCCUGCCCCUUACAGGGUGAUCUAGGAAUAGGGCCUGUCACUUCCCAUCCCUUAUCAUUCGUAGAAUCUUUGUGGCAACAAGUGGGUGUGUAACAGUCCCUAGUGUGCAGAUGAGACUCUGAAACAUCAAGCCUUACUCGAUACAAAGUCCAUGUUCUCUUUAUUCCAUCAAACCAUAUCCCAGUAAAUAUACACACUUUGCCCAGGACAGGCAUAGGUUCCAGCAUGGCAGUGCAGCUGCCCUUCGCAGGGUUGUGUAUCGUGUAUAGAAAUUCUCAGCAGCACGUAUUUGUCAUCACUGGGUAUCAAAUACAGAAAUAAAAACAAGAAGGAUGCCCUCUUUGGUUUGGAAAUUUUCUAGCUCCUUUUCCUGGAGAAGACUUUAUACCAUGCCUACAAGUUUUGUUUUGUUUUGUUUUGUUUUAUUUCCUUUUAAUCAUAAUCCACCCAUUUACUUUUUAUAGAGGUAAAUACAUAAAAGCACUUUAACUAAUUCAGAGCUUUAAGACAUACUUUUUAUACUAUUGUUAUCAACACAAAGAUUUACGCUAACGAACAUUUUUUUUUCCCAACAUGUCCCUCCCCUUUUUUUAGUUAGGAACUUAAGAAUUGGACUUUUCAUAAAAGCAAACAAUGGCCAAACCUCAACUGAGCCCUUUAGAAAUUUAGAAGGGUUACAGAACUGUAUUUCUAAAAUAGAAUUUACCAAACUCUUCAACGUUGUUUUGUUCAAGGCAACAUUUCGUACUGGUGCAAAUCUGAAAAGAUACAUAAGAUCUUUCUGUGGAAACAAUUGCUUGCAAGUAAUUGACUUCCCAUUGUAAUGGUCAUUCAUAAUAAAAUUCCCUUUUGGAAUAAACUGGAAAUGAAUAGGUUGAAUAUAAUUUUUUUUCCUAUACACUAUGAUAACUCAUGAAGAGCAGAUCCAUGCUGUGUAAGUUUAAUGUUCAGAACGAUAAAUCGGGCUAUGGGCCCAAAUAGGAGACCAGAAAAGACAAGACGUUUAGUUAAGUCAGGAAUUUUCCGUAAUUGGGAAAAAGGCCCUAAAAGAUGACAACACACAGAUACUCACAUACAUACACAUGUAUGUACAUAUCUACAUACCACAUACUGUUGGACAAAGUUUGAUUCCGAGUCGUGGGAUGUACAGAGGUCAUACUGAAGUCAAUGAAAGAGUUUUGGUUGCAGCAUUGAGGCAAGUGAUCAAGAAAUAUUCGAAAAGAUAAAAAAGCUGUUUGCAGUUGUUUGUUGGCGGUAUCUGGGACUUUGUGGUGAGCGGUAAGAAAGGACCUUGUGUUCAGAAGGUUGAGUGGCAUAUCUUUCAUAAUAUGCAUAUCUGAGAAAUUCGAACAUUUAGAAAUUUGAUACCACGUUAAAAGUUGUAUAUGAGGACAUUUCCUAUACUGUUAUAAUAAUUUUUCAAAUGAGGCAGCAGGUUAAGAGAGGUGAAAUGACUUACCAAAGCCAAUGGCUAGAAAGGAAUGCAGCCAGAAUCCAAGGCUUAGCCUAGCAUUUCAAAGCUAAGUGUUAUUCACUUUUGUCACAGAGGGAAAUGGAUUCUUUUGGAGAUGAGUGCAGUUACUAUUUAAAACAAAACGAACAACAACAACAAAAAAAACCUAGUACCGGUUUAAAAAACUAGUUGUUUAAAAAAUAGAUGAUUAGAAUUUGGAGGUACCUUAAAAUGUCACUGUGUUACUCCACUCCUCCACAGAGGGUCCUCUGAAAUUAGGGUAACGUUAGAGAAUUUCAUGGAGGGACUAUUUACAAAUCUGUAGACCAGGGCAUGGAGAAGUCACGAGGGAGGAUGUGGUACCCUGGGGUUUGUAACAGUUGGACCUUAAGCGGUGAAGAGCACAGUUACUGCAACCCCAGAACAGAGGCUUGUGUCAAGACUACUGAGUCAGCCUGCUUGCCAGUGACUCUGCAAGGAAAGAGCUGAGUUGUUGACCUCACUUUCCUCCCACUCUCUGAUUUACUGCUGGAUUCCCCAUUGGCUGGACUCGAAGUCAGAGGGAACACGUUGACAGAGUUGGUACAAGUGAGCCUGGCAAGGCCCAGAGAAGGGUGGGGAGGGAGUCUUCGGGAGCACGUGCAAAUGACCAACACAGUCAUCUGGGUUGGGCUGUUAGGUUGGUCUGUGGACCAGAGGCUAAUCUGUGAAUGGUUUGUACUGCUUAGUGAUGAGAUAAGGGACUUGCAUCAGAAUGUAAAUCAGUUAUGACAUUUUAUUCAUACUAAGAUGUUCUCAGUGAAAGAGUCAGUGUGUCUGUUCACAUUCUGGGGCAAGUUCCUUCUGGCAUUAUGGCUGGACUGUUCAAAUGACAUGAUGGAGACCCCACCGCAGACAAGGACAGACAUCCUGGGGUCCUCAGAAGGUGCUCCUUUAUUCCUGCUUUCAUUUUCCUGCCUUAGCUCUGCCAAGAAACAACCAAUAACGUCCUGCAUGGCCUCUGAGCAGGGCGCUGUGCCAGGGCACUUCAGAUGGUAUUGAAUUCUUGCAAGUUAGGUUCUUCACUUCACCUUUACAGAUAGAAAACCAAGUCUCAGGAGGUUUAAGUCAUGUGCUUGUGGUCUGACCCCUAGCAAGUGGCAGAGCUGGCAAUCAAGUUCAGAGCUGAUGCCAAUCUCUUUACUCUUCAUAUGUCAACACUGGCCCGGGACUGUUCUUAAAAUUACCUGACGCUCACACCCAGGAAAUAAUGCAGGAUUAUAGGGGGAUUGUCUUGUUUGGACACCUGGGGCUAUGUUCUCUGUUGUCAGUAACAACCAAGUCAUGCUUUUGGGACUAGAUGCACCCAAUUCCCAGAGAAUCAGAUAGCAUCAUUUAUAGGUCCCAUGUUUCUACACUUCACAAGGCCUUUCCCAACAGAACCAGCCAGAUGAGAAGGUGAAGUCGUUGUGUUUCUAAGUGGCUGUUGUCUGUUUCCAUCUCUUUUUAAACCUGGGAGGUCGAGAAGAUGAUGGGUGAAAGAAUCCAUGAGAGGGAUACAUUUCCUUAGAAAUGUUAUUAAUUGGCUGGGCAAAACAAGAGAAGGAAAUAAAAUAGCUCUCCUUACUAAGUAAAGGCAUCUCCUUCCCUUAUCUCAUUAAAAAUUAAAAGCACUCUUGGUUUAAGUAGGGCAAAUUAGUAAUUAAGUGCUAUAUAAUCAACUUGUGUAAACAUAAUAUUGAAGGGGAGGCCAAAUUAAUCACUCCACUGACUUCUUUUUGCCCCCAUUAAUGUACCUUUUACUCCGAUCCUUCCUGUGAUGUCAGGAUGCAUUUUCUGCUCUCCUCUACUGCUGGAGUUUGGGUGGGCUCUGCUUGCUCAGCUGACAGAUGCCAACGAAUUAGAUGGGAGAAAAGGCAUACAUGUGGGCCUUGAAUCAAGUAGGCAAUGAGGCUCCCUAAUUCUUUUUAAAAAAGGAUUUUAUUUAUUUAUUUAUUUGAGAUAGAGAGUGAGAGAGAGAGAGAGAGAAUAAGCCAGGGGCAGAGGAAGAGGGCAAAGCAGACUCCCCACUGAGCAAGGAGCCCAACAUAGGGCUCGAUCCCAGGACCCCGGGAUCAUGACCUGAGCUGAAGGCAGACUCCCAACUGACUGAGCCACCCAGGUGCCCCAUCCCUAUUUAAUUCUUUAAGCCAGGGUUCAGCGGCAGGAGUCUGCCAUGUGACAAGGACAGUCCUAGAUGGGAUUCAGAGUUUAGAUGGUGGAGGAGUAGGGGACCCCUUUUUCAUCUGGUCCCCUGAGUCGAGCUGGAUAGGU